AUGGCAGACAUGAUCCGAUUUUUCAUGGCGAACAUACGCCAGCAUUUGACAGUAAACGACCUCGCCAUGCUGGCCCGAGUGUCGCAUGAAUUGCACAAUCUGGCAACGCCGUACCUGUACCAUACAGUGCGCUUCCAUAGCCCAGGGCGCAUCAAGCCGGAUGAUCAGCUCUUGUUACAACUGGAUAUCCUUGGAGAUCUCAGAUUUGACAAGCUCGUGUAUACAAGGCGCGUGGUCGUGUCAGGAUCCUGGUACGAGACUUAUGCUGCGAUUGACUCUGAACUUGCCGAGCACAAAAUUCUCUCUCCGGCAGCUCGCAUGUUCAGCAACAUCAUCUGCAAUUGCAUUCUCAGGAUGCCGAAUUUAGAGGAGUUCAUGUACUAUCCAUCUUUUACCUAUCCUAUUGGCUGGGACAUGCAAAUUUCACUGACACAGAUCUUGCUGACAACCGUACUGUUGCAAGAGAGGCUGCAGUGCUUGCGAAUCCGUAUGGGUACGGACGGCACCCCGAAGCCGUUCUUUCGCCCACCGUUGGACCUCCACACAACAGUCAAGCUAAGGGUGAUGCACCUCACCCAAGUCGAUAACGUCUUAGUUUUACAAUCACUAGGUAUAGCUCUGAAGGAUGCUACGCAACUAGAGCGUCUUUCUAUAUGGGCCGAUGACCGGUCCCAGCUAAGCGUUAGCAGUCUCGUAGAGGACUGGGAUACCCCUGCUCCGUUUCGGUUGCGCUCUUUAGACAUCCGUGGGUUUUCCAGUAUAGGAAUCUCGGCAAAAAGCAUGUGGGCAGCAAUUCCACCGACCAAGUUGAGAGAACUAACGCUAGAGCUUGGACCGAGACACCUGGCACAAGAUUCAACAGAGUUCUGGGACGCAUCUGUUGAAGCCGGACUGCGUCCGCUUAGGCUGAGGGUGAACCUAGGUUCCAAGGGCAUCCAAGAGUUCAUUUCUUCUUUCAGUGGUUUGGAGGCAUUUCAUCUGGUCCCAUCUGACACCAUACAACCUAUGGAGCCAAUUCGCGAUCUCGUGGAUGGUUUAAGAAGGUACCAUACUCCAACUCUGAGGGUUCUGGGCCUGCCUUCGUUGCUGGAUGGGUCGAGCUAUAUGCUAGACGUGUCAGAUAUCAGAUACGUGGUAGAGGCACUGCCCGGUAUCCAAGAACUCUGCUUGAGUCAAGCGACCCUGAAUCGAGAAUUGAUGGAGACCGCACUGCUAUUGACCCAUUUACGUGUACUCCAGAUCGACCUAGUCCACGACGAUCCAGCUAUGGAGUAUAUCUUUCUGGACCUCAUCCUCUCUCUUUUGCGCAAGGGCUAUGCUCUGGAUCUUACCUAUGUGGCCUUUGACGAUACCACUGUUCGUGAGAUACGCCGAAAACCGAUACGGCUGUUAGACAACGUCUCUCGCGUUGGAUAUGUCGGAGGCACAGUACUUUUGAAUGAAGAAGUGUACGACUGGGUCAGAACAGCCUUAUAA